AUUAAAGAAAAGUUGAAGAUAAACCUGGAGAGCAAACUUUGAGGUUAGACGGCACGGCACGGAGGAUCAGCUGAUGGGGAACAUGGACCCUGAAACGUGCACAUCCUGUAAAGAAAAGUUGCCAAUUGAUUAUGUAACAUGCAGCCAAGGAUGUGUACUGCAUUUUAACACCUGUGCCGGCCUAGCAGAGGGUACCUGGCGCAAGAUGAGCAAUAAGAGUGAAUGGAAAUGCCCAACUUGUCGCAAGCCAAAACCAACUGAAAGCGCAGUAACAUCUGCUGAACUAAGGCAAUUCAUGAAUACGGUCACUGAAAAACUAGCCCCGGUCCAGCAAAUAAGUGGACUAAAAGCAUCUAUGGAAGAGCUGAAGAAUAGUGUCGACUUCAUGAGUAGUAAAUAUGAUGAGGUGUUAUGCAAAGUCGCUGACUUACAGAAUCAAAAUGCGGAACAAGCAGCUACAUUAGAUCUACUUAAAACAGAAAAUGAAGAAAAAGAAAAAGUCAUUGAAGAACUAAAAAUUCGCAUGAGAGAGGCAGAGCAGUAUGCCAGAAAUAGAAACAUUGAAAUCAGUGGUGUUGAAUUUAUUAAAGAAGAGAACCUGAUCACAGUCAUGGAGAAUCUAGCUGAACAACUUCAAAUAAGAUUUAAAGAAAAUGAGAUUGAUGUCAUACACAGAGUUCCCUCUCGCUACAAUGGUACUAGGCCUCCGAAGAUAAUUGUACAAUUUACCACUCGUAAGGAGAGAGAUUUUUGGCUAAAACAUAAGAAAUAUGCAAGUGUUUUUAGUAACGACAUUACAAAUGGGCAAUCAGUCUCCCAAGUGUACUUGGACAAACACUUGACUGCUGAAUGGAAACAUCUCCUGUGGCAGUCAAAACAGGUUGGCCGUCCAAAAGGAUACAAAAUAUUUUGGCAUCAAGACAGCAAAAUAUGUGUCAAAAAGAAUAUAAAUGAAGAACCAAUUAUAAUCAGGACUGCUCAGGAUCUUCAAAAGCUGAACUAA